UAGCCCACCCAAGGCCGCGUGUUCUCGAAAUCUGUUCUAGCAAAGUCAACACCAAGGAGGAAAACCAGUGCGAAAGAAGGGAAAAGAGAAAAAUUCUCACAAGGUGUACCAAUCAACUGGUGGAUUUCAGUAUCAGAAUCGGACGACAAGGCAACAACUUUGAUGAAAUCCCGACUCCAUCCGAAAUUGGGUCUUCUUGUAACGAAAAGUCAAAGCCGCCGUCGUGGCUGGUUUCUACCUCUUUUCCUCCUCCCGUACAACGCCCAGAGGAAUGGUCCCAAAAAUCCUCCUCCUCCUCUAGAACCCACCAAUCAAUCUCUUUCUCUUUCUAGAAAACGCGGUUCUGAUUUUGUAUUUCUUAAGCAAAGGCAUCGAUUGCGCCAAUCAGCUGAAGGGACUGAAGAUUCGGUUCCUUAUAUUUGAAGCUCUUCAGGUGAAAUUAAUAGCUGCAGUAUCAUUCCCUUUCCUUAAUUGCUUGUAUUGGUUCCAAAAUUUGGACACAUCCUUCACUUUGUGAACUGGGUUUGUGCCCUGGCGGCGUAUUAAACACUUGUACUCUUUUGAUUUCAAAUCGGGGUAUUUUUCCCCCUUUUUUGUAGUUCGAUUCGUAGUAUAUGGGUUCUGUCCUGGAUUUUCACUUUCGUUUUCAUUUUGCCGGGUUUUGAGGUCCCCAAUCAGUCGUGGAUUUUCAAUUUUGGGUUUUGAAUCAGAUUUGAGAAUUGCUUCAGCAAUUGCAGGUUCUGGAUUUUGAAGUGCGUGUCUGGCUAGCCAACCGUUAAUUCUGUCUCUGGACUUCAAUUUUAUGUUUUGAUUUAAAUUUUGGGAUUCUUUGUCUCAAUCUGCGUUCCAAAGGUGAUGGUGUACUGGGGGUUUGUGGCUUAAUUCGAGAAUGAAGGGAUGUCUCUUGUUUGAGCUUGUGGGACAUUGGGUUCUUCUAUAGAUGAUUCCAAUUUCUUGGGACUUGGAUUUUGGAGGCUUGAGCAACAUAAACAGAAUUGGGUGAUGGAUGGUCCUAAUGAAGGUUCUAAUGGUGCUUCUAAUGCGCCGCCACCUUUCCUCUCAAAGACAUACGAGAUGGUGGAAGACCCCUUGUCAGACAGCAUUGUUUCUUGGAGUCGGAGUGGCCUUAGCUUCAUUGUUUGGAAGCCACCAGAGUUUUCUAGGGAUUUGCUGCCAAAGUUCUUCAAGCACAAUAACUUCUCCAGCUUUAUCAGGCAGCUCAAUACAUAUGGUUUUAGAAAGAUUGAUUCUGAGCGAUGGGAGUUUGCGAAUGAGGAAUUUAUUAGAGGACAGAAACAUCUUCUAAAGAAUAUUCACCGCCGCAAGCCAAUUCAUAGCCAUUCUGCACAGAAUUCUUUGGUUUCAUUAACUGAUUCAGAAAGGCGGGAGUUCGAGCAGGUAAUUGAGAGGCUGCAACGUGAGAAGAGUUUUCUAUUGUUGGAGCUACAGAAGCAUAAACAAGAGAAGCUGGAGUAUGAAUUCCACAUUCGGUCACUGGGAGAGCGUCUAAGGACCAUAAUACACCGUCAGAGGCAAAUCAUUGGUUUAUUUGCCCCGAAAAUCCAGAAAUCCAUGUCUAUCUUCAGCCACAUGCAACUCUCAGAAGAUGAUCAUAAAAAGAGAAGAAGAUUGUUGAUAUCGAAUUACUUAGAUGAUGAAGCCAAUGUGGGAGAAAACCAGAUGGUGACAUCCCAGAAGGAGAACCUAGAUGCUACAUGUGUUUCAGUGCUAAAUUUGGAGCUAAUGGAGAAGUUGGAAUCAUCCUUAAAUAUCUGGGGAACUUUCCUACAUGAAUUUGAUCAAACUUUAGGCGAAAAAACAUUUGAUUUUGGUGUGCUCGCGCAGCCAUCACCAGUCAUUGUAACAGAGAUGCUAGAGACUUCCAGAGAUUCCGAUAAGAAUCUCAACCCACCUUCCCCUACACUACAUCCAUCCUCUCCUGAUUCAAUGGACAUCGAUUCGUCUCCUGAGCUGGCUGGCUCGUCAUCUCAUUUGGGGAGCCCUGCUGUCUCUUCUAUUGGUGUGUGUGUUGAUCAGCAUCCUAAAUGUUCAGGCAUCGACGUAAAUUCAAACCCUGCCAAUGUUCCUGCAGUCGAUGCCUCCAAGGAGGGUGUAGAGGAGGCUGCUCCUCCAGCAGUGACGACUAGGGUGAACGAUGUCUUCUGGGAACAGUUCCUGACGGAGACUCCAGGUUCUUCGGACACUCAGGAAGCUCAGUCUGAAAGAAGAGACAUUAGUGGCAUGAGGAAUGAGGAUAUGCAGGAAGAUAACAGUAAAUUUUUGUGGAAAAUGAACAAUGUAGAUAGCCAUACAGAAGAGCAGAGGGGGCUUAUCACUCCAGCCAGAGGUACCAGGUGACAUUCAUUUCUUGUUUCUUGUUUCUAUAUUUAUGUAUAUGGCUGGUUUGUGUAAUAACUUGGCCAAGAGUUGCAGUUCUUGAGUCAUUAUAUCUGUAGAUAUCAACUGUUUUUGGUUCAUUUUAGUGGUCCAUUAGAUUCUUGUACAUGGUUGGGAUUUGAUUUUCCAGGCUUCUUAUCA